UUCAGUCGGUAUGACAUAACAGAGAAAACAUUACCUAUGAAUAGAUAUUGACCGACUUCCGUACUGCGGAGGUCUCCCACUAAAAAGAGUUCCGGCUCCGUUCACCUGUGGUUGCAGUGACGUGACAUUGUCAAGGAUGAGUGCAUAUAGAAAGGAAUAUCUGACAGAAAACUGAGAACAUUAAGUUAUAAACUUUUGUGAGUUUCGGAAAUUUAUUUACGUACAUAUUUGACUAUACGCACAUUCAGAACCCGGUAAAAUCCAACACUUAGAGCACCUACCAUGAACGCGGUGCUUGAUAAAACAUGAUUGGUACAUGUACAUAUUCUUAUGAUAAAACAUGAUUGGUACAUGUAUAUUCUAAUGAUAAAACAUGAUUGGUACAUGUAUAUUCUAAUGAUAAAACAUGAUUGGUACAUGUAUAGUCGUCAGUCGUCAGCACGAAUUCUUGUUUAUCACCGCAUUUACGCGCAUAGAGUUCUCGCGCUCCUUUGAAUGGAGUACAAAACACGAACUCGGGGAAAUGUGAAGUAAAACACUUGUCAUAAUAUAAUGUUGUAAUAACUUGUUUCACAAUCGUUGUAAAAAUAAAUAUGUUUAAAUUAAGCUAAAACACUUGUCAGUGCACGGAAAGGAAGCAAGUCUCUCUCUCUAACCGCUCACGAGACAACGCACGCACGGAUUCUUAAAAAAAAUAACUUUCAAUUUUAGUUCAACCAAUCAUUUUUUACAGUAUGUUUUCAAUAAAAUAUUCAAAGUGCAAAUAUUAAAAGAAGGAUGAAAUGGACAAAAUAUUUUGUUAUUGAUUGACAGGGGAGAGUACUGCGUCGGAGACUGAAAUUAUUAUUGUGCCGUAAUAGUGUUGUCUGUUACCAUGUAGCGCGUUGAGUGUUGUCUGCAACCUUUCAAAUCCAAAAAAUAAAAAUACAAAAUAUUUCAAACUUUUGCUUGGUUUUGAGUACUUUCAACAAUUGCAAUGUCCUCCAAACGAAAACGUGAUGUUGAAGAAUCGUUUUCAUCGCCAAGUUCAAAACAAAUGAAGAUGGAAGAGGUGACGAGGUCAGGGAGGGUGAGAAAGAAGCCAGCAAAGUUUGAUGACAGGGUUGACAUUGAUGGUAAACCAGAUGUUGUGCCAGUAACUACAUUAGUAGAAACUCCAAAAGUGACCAUUCCUGCUCCAGCUGUUGUGAAGCCAGAACCGUUCGAAGAAGUGCCAGUUGCUGAUGAAUCCAUGGUGGAUAUAAGAGAUGAAAUGUUUGAAGACUCUGGCAGUAAAGGAUCGAGAGCUCACAGGCCAAGAAAGAAGUCUGCAAAGGUGUUGGAGAUGGAAGAGUUUGAAGAAGCAGAAAAGAAAAGUACAACAGUCAAAAAGGAAAUUGUCAAGAAGGUGAAAUCUCCAGCAGCAUUAAGUGGUGUAAUCACAGGCCCAUUGACUAUUGCCACUACUCCUGUUCUUAAAAUUAAAGACAUCCCCACCAUGCCGAAGGUGGAGCCAGUUGUGAUGCCAACUAUGCCCACACAGCUCACUCCUCAGAAGUCCCCUGUAGCUGGCUCAUCCAAGUUGGCCUCACCAGGUUCAUCUAAAACACCACCAGGGAACAAAGGCAGUGUCAUCAAACUGCUGCUUAGCUCCCCAACACAGUCAGCACCAUCAGUCUCUGCAGCAAACAUUUCACAGUUAACCACAAUGACUGAUACUAAGCCUCCUGCUUCAGCAAAAAAAGCAAAAGGGAAAGGAAAAACCCCAGCCAGUGUACCUGAAACAAAGGUCACAUCAAAAAUAAAACAAGCGCUGGAAUCUCCUGGACCAGGAACCAUUCAAAUCCAGCCAAGGAUUAUUUCAAUAAAGAAAGCAGCAGCUGAGGAAGACUUGGAAGAGGAUAGUGAGUUGGCUCAUUUGGAGACAGUUGCACAUACAUCUAGAGGAAAAAAGGGGAGCAAGAAAGUGGCAGUGAAAGAUGAAUCUCCUUUUAUGCCCCCACCUGCCCCCUCACCUAAUGUGAUUCAUGUCGGACCUAUGAAUAUCGGACUUGAGGUGAAGCAAGAGAAUGAGACUUCAGUUAAGAAGGGUAAAAAGAGUAAAGUGAAAGGAGGGCAGGCAAAGUUGGACAUGGGUGAAACAAUGAUGCAGGAUGAAUUUGGAAUAGAUCUGCCGGAGAUUGAACUAGGUGGAGCUGGAAGUGAUUCCUUUAUGGACAUAGAUGAUGACGAGGACGGUUUGAUGAUUCCGGAGGAGGAAGUGGAAACGGAGAAACCAAAAAUUAUAAAAGUUGGCAAGAAGAAAAGCCCAAAAGCUAAGGGAAAGGUGCAGCUUGGAGACAUUCCAUCAGCUGAUGGUUCUGAACUUGUGAUGGACCUUGGUGGGGACAAGAAGAAAAACAUUUCCAAAAAGUCUGCCAAGUUUGAUGAUCCAUAUGAUUCUAUUGUGAGUCAGUUAAACAAAAAGAAGCGAGCGCCAACGGCCUACAUGAUGUGGUGCAGUGCAAACAGAUCUGCCCUGGUUUAUGAUAACCCAGGAAUGGACUUUUCAACCAUCAGCAAAACCCUUGGUGAGAUGUGGUCAAAUCUCUCAGAGAAACAAAAACUGGUAUGGAAAAGAAAGGCGAAGAAGGCUGCAGGGAAAGGCUCCACGCUGAUCACUACUGGUAAAGUACAAAGUGCUAGUGCCACCGGGAAGGUUCCCGCUGGGAAGAUGCUCACAGCCCGACAGGCAGCUGCUGUGUCCCAGAAAGCCAACCCUGCCCUUGCUCAGGCUCUACUGGCUGCCAAGCAGGUCCGCACACCAGUCCUUGAUGAUAUUAACUCUCCUGUCAAGGGUUUUGGUAUUGAGCCAGUUGAUGUGGCAGCCCACCUGAAGAUAGUGGGAGAAUCACUCAGCAUCAUCGGCAUGAAGCUGCAGGAACACAGGGGUCUGAUAGCUGUCCAGGGGAGUUUAUCCGUGUUACUGGACUCUAUGUUAUGUGCAGUUGCUCCCCUUAUGUGCCUCACAGCUGUAUUGCCUGAGACUGACGGACUGCCAGCUGAGACUCACCUUAAAACACUAGACAACAUUGCAUACAUUAUGCCUGGACUCUGAUGUUCACAGACUUCAUAUUGUGUAUAGUGAAUACACCCAGUUAAUUGAGUAUUUCUGCGGUCAAUGUAGUUAUGAUCAGUUUGGGCACGGAUGUAAAUCAUAUAACAACAUUGCAUACAUCAUGCUUGGUCUAUAGUCAUUAUGUUCCGAUGUAAAUUUGUAUAUAUCUUUUUGUACAUUUUCAUCAAUCUGUCUACAUUGUGUGUUUAUGGUUUUUUUUAGUAUACAACUACAUUGUGUUGGCAACAAAAUGUUUUAUCUUCAAGGACUCUCGGAGAAGUGGUCAGAUAAAUCUUAAACGCUAACUCUGGCCAAGUGUUAUGAUAACGUAGAGAUCACACCAUGUUUUCUUUUGGUUAAUUGUUGCUCAUUAUUAGGAUGGGUUUUGCAAGUCUAGUAGUGCAAUAGUGCUUUUACCUGUACUUUUUAUCAAACAUUUUUAUUUAUGAAUUCAUUAGCAGAUUAUGUUAAAACUAUUUUGUUAAGUAUAUAAUGAAACACUUCAUGUCUUUAUUCUUUCUUUGUUCCAAUGGAACAUGUUGACUUUAUAAUGCAAAUAAACCAAUAGAAAA